AUGACAGCAAUAAAUCGAACAUCCCUUUCUCCGUCAUUUAUUCGUAAAAGAAAUUUACCAACUCCUCCUCCUUCUCUAUCCGAUGUCAACGAUUCUUCAUCAUGUUCGUCAACUUCUUCUUCGUCCUAUUCGAUUAUAACUCCGCCGAAUGAUAAUAAUAAUUCAACAGUACCGUCAUGUGAUUUACUAAAUAUUUUAGCCGAUGCUCGUUUUCGUCCAGUAUUUCAAGCUAUUGAUGAAAUAAAACGACGUAAAUGUCGACCAGAUCUUGAACGUAUACUUAAAUAUGUUGCUAAACGAUAUACAGCAACAAAUCUUUCGGAUCAACGUAAUGAAAUACUUUCGAUGUUAGAUGAUUUACUUAAAUAUGGACUUAUAACAAAAGUAUUUCAUAAAGGUGGUUUUACAAUACGAAUUAAAAAUGAAAAAUAUGCAAAAUUAAUUGAAAAUAUGACUGUAUGUUAUAAUCAAAAAACACCGACAGCUACACCUAUGAGUCCACAUGAAGCAAUGUCAGCAGCUGCUACAGCUCUUGCUGAACAAUCGAUUCUUAAUUCAAAUGAAAUGAAUAAUCAUCAUAAACGUGAAACACCAUCACCUGAAUUUGCUGUAUUUAUAACUGAAUCUUUACCACAAAUGACAAAAGAGAAUAAUCUCAGUUCGAAUAAAAAACGACGAAAUCGAAGUCAAACAUUUUCAAAUAAAACUAAAAAAUCACGUAUAAUAAAAACAUCCGAUCCUAUUGAACAUGUUUUUCGUAAACCAUUAAUAACACAUAAUAAUUUACCGCCUGUAACUAUUGAACAAUUACUUGGAUUACGUGGUGAUAUACCUAAUGUUCAUGAUUGGACAACAAAUGAUUUAAAUGAAUUUUUUCAUCAACAAGGAUAUGACUAUGCAUCAAUUAUAUUAAAUAAAUAUCAUAUAAAUGGUGAUCAAUUAUAUGAACUUAAACGUGAAGAAGUUUUUAAUAAAUCAACACUUAAAAUUGGUAAAGCACUUAAAUUAUGGAAUGUGAUUGAACAAAUACAACGAAAUAAUCUUUCGUCAUCUUCUUAA